GCCGAGGACCCUAUUUCUCUGCAGGGCCAGUUAGCCAUCCAAAGGGGUAGUCAGUGUACUGGAGGAGGAACAUACAAAAAGUCCUCGACCCUUGGGUCAUCCCACCAUCUCUGUCUCUGAUCACAUUUUGCAAGAGGGUACAUCUGUGAGCUUGGGCUGGGAGGUCAGAGCAGUACUGGAGCAGAAUACCUCACAGGAAGAAUUUGAAACAGGAGUUUGCUCUAGGUGGUGGUGCUCCUGGACGCCCUGAGCUGGGGUCAGCUGGAAGAUGACCGAGUACAAGCUGGUAGUAGUGGGAGCUGGAGGCGUUGGGAAGAGCGCUUUGACAAUACAGCUCAUUCAGAACCAUUUUGUUGAUGAGUACGACCCCACAAUAGAGGAUUCCUACAGAAAGCAAGUCGUCAUCGAUGGAGAGACCUGUUUGCUGGACAUCCUGGAUACGGCAGGACAAGAGGAGUACAGUGCCAUGCGAGACCAGUACAUGAGAACGGGGGAAGGAUUCCUGUGCGUCUUUGCCAUUAACAACACCAAGUCCUUUGAGGACAUCCACCAGUACAGGGAGCAGAUCAAGAGGGUGAAAGACUCAGAUGAUGUUCCCAUGGUGCUGGUGGGAAAUAAAUGUGACCUGCCAGCACGGACAGUGGAGACUCGGCAAGCGCAGGACCUGGCCCGGAGUUAUGGGAUCCCCUACAUAGAAACGUCAGCCAAAACCAGACAGGGCGUUGAAGAUGCCUUCUAUACCUUAGUGCGGGAGAUCCGUCAGCAUAAACUGCGCAAGCUGAACCCACCAGAUGAGAGUGGCCCUGGCUGCAUGAACUGUAAAUGCGUGAUAUCGUGACUGUGCUGACUGGACCCUGACUUGGAGAGGUGUCCGCUGUGCAGAGCACAAGGAAAGAGGUGAUGCGAAGGAAGAAACAAAUGGAUUCAGGGGAGGAGUGGAGGGGGAGGGAGAGAGGAGGAAGAGGACGGGAGGAGUGCCAGCCCCUCCAAGGACUAUCUCGCACUUCACCCAGGCCGGCAGCAGACGACUUUUGGUUCUUUCCCCAUCCCCUCCUCCUUUGGCCUCCUCCCACCCCGGCAACUGUACAAAGCUACAGAUUGAAUCACAGUAAAUUAUUAUUUGAUGGUCUCGACAAA